AUGAAUCUUAAUGAUAAAGCCCUUGUGCUUACUACAAAUAAUGAUGCAAAAAUGAUUAGAUGUGGUAAUCUUAUGUUAUACAAAUUAGAAGAAACUUGUGAACAUUGUGAUUUUCAUCACUAUAGAUGUGCUGUUCAUAUUUUAAAUUUAGCAGUAAAUCAUGGAAUGGUACUAAGAGCUCCUAUUAUUGAUAAAGUAAGAAACACAUUUUUAAUGUUGGAAAAAUUUAAACAUAUGCACGAAGAACUUAAUUAUCCUAUGUAUAAAGCAACUAAAAUGCUAUCAUCUUCAUCAUACCCAACUGUUAGUGAUAUUUGGUUAACUUUCAUAGGAAUUUUUCAACACAUUGAGUUAUAUAUAGAAAAUCAAAAUCAUUCAAUUGAAAAAUGUAUGAUGGCAGAUUCUAUACGUAAAAAACUAGAAGAUUAUUGGACAAUUAUAACAAUUAUAGAUAAAUCUACUAUUAUUUCAACUUUAUUAGAUCCUUAUGAAGAGGUGGAGGAAGAUAUAACUGAAGAACAUAUAAUUGCUUUAGACUUUAAAAAUGCUUAUGAUUUAAUUAAAGAUUGGUAA